AAAAAAAAAAAAAAAAAAAAAAAAAAAAAAAGCCUUAGCUACAUUGUUGACGACACAGUGACUGAUACAGAAGAACAUGAAUCUCUUCCGCGUUUCCCUUUGCUUCAUUUUCUACUCAAAGCAAUGCUCAGUGCUCAACUUAUUUGCUAAAUUGUCGUAGAAAUUCAUUGCUGUUUGGCAUCAAUCAACCAUGGAAGCCAGCUCAAUUGUCCUCCACUCAAAAACCCUCCCUUUUGGUAUAACACUCACAAACAACAAACUCUCUUUCAGACCUUUCAACAAACACUUGCCAAGCACCAAUUAUCAGCGCCACCAAAGUCUUAAACCCAUCAAACCCCCAUCACAUUGGCAAUUUAAUGCAAGCCCAUUAGCAUUUUCGCCGACAAGAGCAAGAACCCAUUUGUUAACUCCUCUCAAAUGCUCAUAUUCCAACACUACCAACUCGGAUUCUCAGAGCCCAUUGCUAAAACCCCUCAAAAACCUCUCACUUGAUUCGUUGAAGAAAACCCUUUCUCAGUUAACUCCAAUUGAUGUUGUGAAGUGGUCUGGGGUCUUAUCCAUUGCCAUUGCAGCCACAAAAUGGACUGUAAAUAUGCUCUUCAACCCCUUUUUCUGGAUGUACUUCAGCUGGACAUGGUUGUUCUGGCCAUGGUUUGUGGCGAUAGCGCUUGCAAUUUACGGAUUAUAUAGCUUUCGUAAGCAUUUAAUUGGUGAAGCAAACAUAUUUGAGCAACUUGCCAUUGUUACUUCCACGUUUACUUGGCUCACUCUUGUCCCACCAGCCCAUUUCAAUGGCUAUCUUGAAGGUUGGCCUUUUGUGUUCUUCUUUGUAUACCAUUAUUUCUUUUUCUUCAAUGUUAGUGUAAGGAAAAGGUUAUAUGGGGAUUACUAUGCUCGUCCACAUGAUCCCAAGUGGGAUGUGAAUCCGCCCAAGUGGUAUCGCCUUUUGUUUUGUGUUGGAGUUAUGGUUGGGCACUGGUUGGCUGCAUUUGAAGGGCCUGAGCUGCAUCGCAUUCCUGGAGGGUGGACAAAUGUGGGGGUUUGGAUUUUGAUAAUAUUGACAAUGUUAAUGCAGUAUAAUUCAACGUUGUAUCUUGCAAAGUAUUCAGAAAAGGUGGUUGUGCCAACUGCUGUGGUGCAGUUUGGGCCGUAUCGUUGGGUCCGUCAUCCAAUAUAUUCGUCUACAAUGCUACUGUUUGCCACUUACUGUGUUGCACUUCGAGCACCUUUGAGCUUGCUGUUUGUUGCAGCAGUUUGUUUGUUUUACUAUGAGCAGAAGGCAAAACUCGAGGAGGCUUUGAUGGUUGAGACAUUUGGAGAGAGGUAUAUGGAGUAUGCAACUAAAGUUAGAUACAAGUUCAUUCCUUUUAUUUAUUAGUUAAUACUCAGGAAUGCUGUUGUUAAUGUUGCGUUUUGUCUGAUUGAUAUGUCGGAUCCAAGUACUUGAGUUUUGAAAUGGAAAUGGAAAAUGUCAGAUUCUAUAUAACAGAUGCACAUUUCUGUUGGAUGUUUAUUAUUGUUCGUUCAUUUUUUUUAAGCCUGUUUCUAUAUUAUUUACAA